UCGUCGAUGUAACCUAUUAAUCUAGAUAUAACCUAUUAACAUUUGGCAUUAAUAAUAAAAAAAUAUAAUAAUGCAUAAUAAUAUUACAUUAGUAGAAGGACGGCAUCGUGCUGUAAUGAUUGGGGAUCUACCCGUGUUUAAUUCUAAAGGAUUGCUUGUGCAGGAUGUACAAAGUGACAAUAUUAUCGUCGUGCCUAUAUGUGAGGAGACAGCAAAAUUCUUCAAUUUGCGGCUUACUGAGGAAUCACCUAUACAUGACAACGGUGGUCCAAAUUCUGCUGACAUGGUUGAAUUGGGUGAGACAACAGUUUCAAGUACGGCAUCCUGGAAGAACGAUAAUGAAGUGAGAUGCCUUAUUAAUCUUUGGCAAGAUCACCAAAACCAUUUCAAAAAUAUGAAGAGCCGGGAUGUAUGGCUUAUGAUUAGUAAAGAAUUAAAAAAUAGUAAUCCAGAAUGGAAUAAAAAAUCUCCUGUCCAAUGUAAAAACAAGUGGAAGGACAUAAAGAGGAAAUACAUGGAAACGAAAGACCAUAACAAUAAAUCUGGGAAUGAUCCUAAAACCUGUAAAUUGUACGAAGAAUUGGAAGAAAUUUUAGGCGAACAGCCGUGUGUUAAACCCAUUGCUGUUGCCUCGAAUCUUAUCAAGAGGAAGAAAGCAGAUAUAAAAGCCAAAGAUCCAACUUAUUUCGAGGAGAUGAGUGAAGAUUAUGAGUCACCAACUGAAAGUGAAGAAGGUCCUUUAUCAAAGAAAAGACAACGGAAGAUAACAAAAGUUCAAAGAGAGUUGCAAGACUGGUCCAUUGCUCUUCCGAGGCGAAAUCUCGAGAAGAGGCGAGGGAGCGACGUCACAGAGAGAACAUGGCUGAAUCGAAGGCAGCAAUGGAUGCAUAUAAAGAGAUGAUGGGGAAACUUAUUGAUAAGUUGUAAGUCUUUUUGUAUUUCCUCGUUAACAUUUUAAUGUUUAUUUAAAUGUUUACUUUGUUUUACAAUUUUAAAUACUGUUUUUAUACGAGAUGUAAAAGGUUUGUAUUUUCAAAGAAUUUUCUAAACUGUGCAAUAUAAUUUUAUAAAUUUUACAUUAUACAAUAAGUUUUGAGUAAAACCAACUCUAUUAAUUUCGCUCUAACUUAUUGCAUCACUUCAGGAAGUUAUUCGAAAAAUAAUAGAUCUAUUCAUAUAGAUAAAAUGUUUUUUUUUAAUCCUUAUGAAACCUUAAUGUUCUACUACAUAAUUUAUAAAGUUAUACGUGUUAAAGCAUGAAGAUGAUUAAGAUUUAACUAUACGUGUUAAAGCAUGAAGAUGAUUAAGAUUUAACUAAACGUAAGAUCCCAAAUAACAUAUGUUGGUUUACACAUUUUCUAAACGUAUGUAACGCUUUAUAACUGUAUAAGUUUGCAGAAAUGUUUCUUAAAUGAUGUGUGCUACUUGGGGUAUAACAAUUUUGUUAGUAGUAAGUUACAGUAAACGUCGAUACUCAUAUUCUAAACUUUUUUUAUUAAGAUGUCGAUUGUGUAUUAUACAAUACAGCGAAAA